GGGGCCGGCAGGAGAGGCCGUGCCGGGGCCGAGGCGCUGCUCCAUCGGGGCUGCCGGGACGCUGGCAGUCGGGUUGGGGUCUCGGGGGGGGGUUGCCUUGGCCCCCUCCCCCUCCCCAAGCACUCUUGGGGUUCCAGGCGCGGUCUCGCCUCGGAGGUCUCCUGCCUUGGGCGGAAGGGGGGCUGGACUAGAAGACCUCCGGUUGCCUUCCAGCGCUAAGUCCGGCAGCGCCUGCCCGCAGCGUCGCGGAUGCAGCCGGCUCUUCUCCCCCAUCGCCAACCCGGCGCCCUCCAGAGGUGCAGGCUUCGGCGUCCCUCGGGGCCAGCCCGCAGGAGCGGCAGCUUGGCGGUCGGUCCGGGCACGCUUUCGAGCGAGCGUGGGGUCUGCAAAGAUCUUAAGGAGUCAACCUCCGGCUGAAGACCCUUCCGGUGACGGUCAAGUCCCACGUGCUAAUCUCCUGAUUGGAGAACAGUGGGGCAUAAACGGCGAGGUGGACCUUUGGCGCCCCACUCAAGCUGAAGCUUCGAGGGUGGCCUUGUGGCUUGGACAGACUUCCUGCUGACCUGGCCUGGCCAGCAUCCCUUCUGGUCAACCAUGUCAUCCUUGCCUCUGUCCUGGCUCCUUGCCCUGUGCCCGCUGCUGCUGCUGGCCUCCCUUGAGCCAGCAUACCAGCCCCCCAACAUCGUCCUGAUUUUUGCGGAUGAUCUGGGCUUCGGAGAUCUGGGCAUCUACGGGCACCCCACCUCUUCCACCCCCAACCUGGACAGGAUGGCUGCCGAGGGCCUGCGCUUCACCGACUUCUACAGCAGCAGCUCCGUCUGCAGCCCUUCCAGGGCAGCCCUCCUGACGGGACGCUACCAGACCCGUUCCGGGAUCUAUCCGAGCGUCUUUUAUCCCGACUCGCAGGGAGGCCUCCCGCUGGCCGAGGUGACGGUGGCCGAAUUGCUGAAGGAGUGCGGCUACACCACGGCCAUGGUUGGCAAGUGGCAUCUGGGCCUGGGUCCCAAGGGCAUGUUCCUGCCCACCAACCAAGGCUUUGACCACUUCUUCGGGAUACCCUACUCGCACGACCAGGGCCCCUGCCAGAAUCUAACCUGCUUCCCACCCAGCACUCGGUGCUUUGGGGCCUGCGACCAGGGGGUGGUCCCGGUCCCCCUAUUCCUGAACCAGAGCAUCCUGGAGCAGCCCAUAUACUUCCCCCGCCUGGAGGGCCACUACAGUAACUUCGCGCGCGAGUUCAUCCUGGAUUCCGCUCAGCGCAAGCAGCCCUUCUUGCUCUAUUACGCCUCUCACCAUACCCAUUAUCCCCAGUUUGGGAGCCAAAACUACACGGGCCGGUCCCUGAGAGGGCCUUACGGCGAUGCCCUCCUGGAGUUUGACGCAUCAGUGGGCUCCCUCUUGCAGGCCCUGCAGGAUGCUGGCGUCCACAGAAACACGCUGGUGUUUUUCACGUCUGACAAUGGCCCAGAGACGAUGCGUGGCUCCCGAGGAGGCAGUGCGGGCUUGCUGAAAUGUGGGAAGGGGACGACCUAUGAAGGGGGCAUGAGGGAGCCUGCCGUGGCUUAUUGGCCAGGUCGCAUUGCGCCAGGGGUGACCCAUGAACUGGCCAGUACCUUGGACAUCCUUCCCACUCUGGCCGCGCUGGCCGGGGUGCCUCUCCCCAACGUCACACUGGACGGAUAUGACCUCAGCCCCCUCCUCCUGGGGAAAGGAAAGAGCCCCCGUCAGACCAUGUUCUUCUACCCGACGGCUCCCGAUGAAUUGUAUGGGGUUUUUGCCGUCCGCUAUGGCAAGUACAAGGCUCACUUCUUCACCAAAGGAUCCUUCAACAGCGGCGCGACCCCCGACCGGGCCUGCAGCGGCUUCGCCAGUCUCAUCCCCCGGGAGCCCCCCCUGCUCUUCGACCUCGAGACGGACCCUGAGGAGAACUACAACCUCCUGCAGGCCGGUGCCCAGAAGGCCGAAAUCCUGAAGGUCCUCAAGGAGACCCGCCUGCUGAAAGCCGCCUUUGACGGGGCCAUGACCUUCGGGCAGAGCCAGCUGGCCUUGGGCAGCGACCCCUCGCUCCAACCUUGCUGCUCCCCCCAGUGCAGCCCCAAGCCCUCCUGCUGCCGCUGCGCCUCCUAGCCCCCCUCCUUCCUCACUCGCCCGCAGCCCACGUCCGGCUCUGGCACCCGUGGACAGGACAGCGGGUUCAUUUUGACACCUUCCCAAGGAGUUUCUGCCAUUGCUUUUUUAAUCGGGGGGGGGGGGGGGAAGAAUCCCAUCUUGCUUUCUGAGUCGGGGAAGCUCCAUGAUCAGGAGCAACCUGUCCUGCUGGAUGUUUAGAGGGCCAUCCUUGGCAGGGAGAGGGUUAUCUGUUUCCUGCAGCUGCACUCCUUCCCUUCUUUAAACCUUCAAACUCCUCAGGAAUGGAGAUAAUGUGCCAGUCAGAGACUGCUGGGCUUGGAGGCUGAAGGGAACUGGAGGUUAAUGGCUCUGAAGAGGAAGCUGGUUCAUAGGGCAUGGAAUGAUAGAGCUGGAAGGGACCUUGGAGGUCUUCUAGUCCAACUCCCUGCUCAAGCAGGAGAGCCUAAGCCAGGGGUAGGCAACCUUGGCUCUUUUAUGACUCGUGGACUUCAACUCCCAGAAUUUCUGA